AUGGACGACAGUGAACAUCACAAGAAAGAAAUAGUCAGUUUAUCAUGGUGCCCUUCAGAUAUGAAUGUCUUAAAUGGAAACAAUAAGAGAGAUUUACUUUUAGCUUCUGGCGCAAAAUUACGAUCUGUGUUUAUUUGGAGAGCUGGUAGAGAUGGUAAACGCGAGACUGUGAUAAAUAUACCAAAAUGGUCACACAAGCAGAAGCCUUAUAGACGCAAACACGAUAGUGCGAUUUGGAUUGCAAUGUGUUGGGUAGAGCCUAAAGUGUUUUUAACUUCAUCUCUUUGGAAUGAACUUCUGUCCUGGGAUCUAUCUACGUACAAAACCAAACGUACAUAUCAGUUCUUCCAUAAAUUGCACAGCAACCAAUUGUGUUCCAUAACCGCUGUACCCGAAAAUGAUGCAAUAUCCGACAAUGAGAGAGCAAAAUCCAAACUCGCGGUUUGGACUUCGGCGCAAGAUGGUUGGAUUAUAUGUUACAAACGAAACGACGAUGAUAUGAAAUCGGCGAGCCUGAAAUAUAAAAUUCCUACGCAAGAAGGCUUUAUGUACUGCAAAGGAGCUGAUUGUGACGACAAUGAUUCAAUUAUUGCAUUUCACGUUGGAGACGCGAUGUUGCAUCAGUGGAAUUUGCCUGAAUAUGAAAACAAAAAAUCUUUCAAUGAUAUAUUGCAAUGGCAGAUGCUAAAAGGAAAAAUAACAGCGGUAUCGUUGUUUCCUGGAGAUAAAUUAUCCAAAGUAGCUUUUGGUACUGGAGAUGGUCACAUUGGCAUAUUUAACGUAAAUAAUACACCAUUAUUUACAUUAUACAGGCAGUAUCAUAGAAAUACUAUUUAUAAGCUUGAAUGGGCUAAACUUAAAGAGGAUUUUUAUUUAUUCUCCUGUGCGGAAGGGGAAUUAGUUGCGUUCAAGAAAUUCCCGCCACAUAACGAAUCCAUGUCCAUAAUCAAGGAAGGAUGCACGGAAUUUGCUUGGAAAUCCAAUUUGUGCUUAGCGAUUGGUUUAGAAAAUGGAUCGAUCAUGUUUUAUGAUCAGAAGCUGACGAAACAAUAUGCGAUAGAUAUCUUAAGAUAUAUGGUGAAUUGUUUGGCUUGGCAUCCCGAAAGUACGGCGACAGAUAAAUGGAAGUCGCCAGCUGCCAAUUACUUGACAGUUGCCUCCGAUUGGACUAUAAUAAUUUUUGAUAUGGUGAAUUGUUUGGCUUGGCAUCCCGAAAGUACGGCGACAGAUAAAUGGAAGUCGCCAGCUGCCAAUUACUUGACAGUUGCCUCCGAUUGGACUAUAGUAAUUUUUGAUAUGUCAGAAUUGAUAAAGGACCUGGAAAGAAUGCUUACACCGGAUUGUGUCGAGGAAGAAGACACUAAAAAAGAGUGCAAACGCCACAAGAUGAUAACAAUGUUAAAUGGACACAACAAUAAAGUGGUUUGGAAUGUUGAAAAACAGGAACUGAUGAGCACAUAUAUGGGUCACAAUGGACCGGUGUUAUAUUGCAUGUGGAGUCUCCUGAAACCACAAAUUAUAAUGACCGGCUAUCAAUCUGACACAGUAUUGCUAAAGGAAAAAAAGGAAAAUUUAUAUUUUAAUGGAUAUGAUAAAUUAAUAAACGAUGGAACUAAGAUUUUAAAUUUUAUCAAAAACGAUAUAAAAUUGGAACAAGAACAAUACGAAGAAGAUGAUAAUAUUGCAAACAUAUCGUUAUUCUCAAAAAAGCAUCUUUUAAAACUUGUUGCUCAUAAACAAUUAAUUCAAGAUAGUUCAAAUGCCAUUACUGAGAUGAAUAUGUGGUGUAACAAUUUGAAAAACGAUUUGGCGAGCGCGGCUAAAAAUAAAAAAUUAAAUGAUUUUUUAGUAUCGCUCGCGUCGAGCGUUUCUAUGAAAACGUGGAAAGAAAUGUGUGAAACAUAUUUGUACCAAUUAAUAGAGCAAGGCAAUGUGAAGAAAGCAGUGUCAUAUUUACUCUGUCUACACAAAAUUCACGAAGCCAUAGAAGCAUUUUUAAAUGCUAAUAUGUUUAAAGAGGCUUACGUGCUUGCGAGAUACAAAUUGGACAUCACUGAUCCGGUUUUAGAAAACAUAUUAGAAUUAUGGUCGGAAUGGUGUCUUUUGAAUGAUCAAAUGGAGCAAGCUGCUCAUUGGUACAAAAAGGCGGCAAAAAUUCUUGCUCGCCGGAAAGACAUACAUUAUUUGGAGGUAGCGUCUCAAUUAGCAUUUCUAAACGGUGAUGAAGAAUAUGGAAUAUCUUUGAUUGUGGACGCGAUGAUACGUGCUCUUGUCGAAUCAGACUGGUCGAAAGCGCGUUCCCUUAUCGCGAAUUUUUCAACAAAUUCAGUGACUUCCAAUACUGCCGAUGAAAAUGAUGUGUAUGAGAAAAUUGAGGAGGAGAUCAAUAAACUGAAACUUGAGGAAAAGGUAUUCAGAGAGGAACGAGUUUACAUACCGAAUUCCAAAGUUAUUUUCGAUAAAGUUUGUUCACUUGUUCACAAAUUAAGUAAUGUUAAUCAUAAUCGAUUUUUACAUAUAAUACUUUAUUAGAACAGUCUGAACAGUUAAAUAGUUAAAAGCAGACGAGAUAUAAUUUAUCUGUAUCAAGAAGGUUCGUCAAAAAGUUUGAGAAUAUAUUUCAGAAAAUACAAUAUAAAUUAUAACAAGUCCUAUUAGCUCACAUGAACUAUAAAGUAAAACAUGCAAGCAGAAAAAUA